AUGAGCGGCGACUCCAACGGGGCCAAUGGGUCCACAAAUCAUCUGGGCCGAACAAACGGAAACACUUCCCCGAACGGGGACAACGGCCUCAACGGUCUCAAUGCCAAUGGCAAUCAGCAAAAACCCCCGUCCUCACCCUCAAGCCCAGCCCCAACCUUUCAGCCUGUUGCCAUCUGCGGCAUGGCCUGUCGACUACCGGGAGGCAUCCACUCCCCCUCGGAGCUGUGGUCCUUCCUUCACGCUGGCCGCGACGCUCGCGGCCCCGUGCCAUCUUCGCGCUACAACAUCUCCGCGUUCCAUUCACCGCACAAAAAGCCCGGCACCGUCAUUGCUCAGCAGGGGUACUUUCUCGAUUCGACCAACGACCUCGCCGCGCUGGACACCUCGUUCUUCACCAUGCCGCGCCGCGAGGUCGAGACCUUGGACCCCCAGCAGCGCUUGCUUCUCGAGGUCGCCCGCGAGGCCAUCGAUGACGCCGGCGAGACGCGGUGGAAGGGUACCAAUGUUGGCGUGUACGUCGGCUGCUAUGGCCAGGACUGGUACGACAUCUCGGUGCGGGACACGCAGGCCCAUGGUAUCUACCAAGUCCUGGGCCAGAACGACUUCAUGGUCUCGAAUCGGCUCUCCCACGAGCUCGACCUGCACGGCCCAAGUGUGACGCUACGGAGUGCUUGUUCCGCUUCUCUCAUCGGCGUCAACGAGGCAUGCAUGUCCAUUGCGCGCGGCGACUGCACAUCCGCCAUCGUUGGCGGCACCAACAUCAUCAUGGCCCCAGCUUUAACCGCCGCCAAGUCGGAGCAAGGCGUUCUGAGUCCCGAUGGCUCAUGCAACACCUUUUCAGCCAACGCAAACGGCUACGCGCGCGGUGAGGGUAUUGUCGCAAUUUACCUUAAGCCCCUAGCGGUCGCGGUCAGGGACGGUAACCCUAUCCGCGCAGUUGUGACCGGCUCAGCAGCCAACCACAACGGUCACACACCAACAGUUUCACACCCUAGCUCUCAGGCACAAGAAGCACUAAUCAGGCAAGCAUACCGGAAUGCUGGUAUUACAGAGAUUACCCGAACAGGCUUCUUCGAGUGUCACGGCACGGGGACGAGAACUGGGGUUCCUAUUGAAGUGGGGGCUGUGUCUGCGUGCUUCGGCAAAGCCGGUGUGCAUAUGGGCUCAGUCAAGGCGAAUCUCGGCCACGCCGAGGGUGCGGCGGGCCUCGUCGGUGUUCUUAAGGCUGUUCUUUCCCUGGAAAACGGCAUUAUUCCCCCAAAUAUUAAAAGCUUUCCACGCAACCCUGCAAUUGCAUUUGAAAAUGCAAAUCUUGUUAUUCCUACUGAGCCAAUACCAUGGCCAGAAGACCGUGAUAAGCGCGUGAGCAUCAAUAGCUUUGGCCUUGGAGGUUCCAAUUCCCAUGCUAUCAUCGAGUCAGCAGCCAGCUUCAUCGACUCGCCAAAUUCCACAAGAGCAGCUUCAAACACACCAUAUUUAUUGCUGUUCUCCGCAAAUACCGCGGCAUCUCUCAAGGCCAUGGGUGAAAAGUAUGAGGCUUUCCUUGAGAGAUCUCCAGACCUGCUUCCAGAUGCGGCAUACACCCUGGCUAACAAACGAGAGCAUCUGCCAUAUCGCACAUAUGCCAUCUGCACGAGUGACGAGAUCACGCCACCAGCCCCCCUUCCCUCCACCAAGGCCCCACAACUCCGGGACACAUCUCUGGUCAUGGUCUUCACUGGGCAAGGCGCGCAAUGGCCACGCAUGGGCUAUGAGAUCCUCCGCUCCAAAAGCAAUCCUGUCUUCCGUAACACCAUCGCAUCUCUCGACAAGGCUCUUCAGGAGCUAGGCCCGCUAGCUCCAUCGUGGACGAUUGACGAAGAGUUCCGCAAACCUGCACGGAAGAGUCGGGUUGAUGUAGCCGAAUACUCUCAGCCUCUAUGCACAGCCCUACAGAUUGCCUUGGUGGACACAUAUGCUUCGAUUGGAAUUCGCCCGGCGGCGGUGCUUGGCCACUCCAGCGGUGAGAUUGCCGCUGGUGGCCUCAGCGCCCGUGAGGCUAUUGUCGUGGCAUUUCUGCGUGGACUAGCAACAACGCGACAGGGUGCCAAGGGCGCCAUGGGAGCGUUGGGUAUGAGUUGGGAAGCUGCCAAAAAGCAUCUCGUGCCUGGCGUAGUGCUCGCCUGCGACAACGCGCCGAACAGUAUAAUCAAAAACAUCAAGCAGUCGGACCCUAGGGUCCUGGCGAGCGUGCUCAAAGUUGACAAGGCUUAUUACUCGCCACAUAUGGCUGAGAUCGGGACUCAAUACAAAGUGAGUAUGACCGACGCCGGCGUCGUGGGCAACGUGCACACUCUUCCAUUUUUCUCAAGUGUUUCAGGUCAAUACUUGGUCCCAAUCGCAAAGGACAGAUUCGGACCUGAGUACUGGCAGACCAACUUGGAACGGCCCGUGUUAUUCACAUCAGCUGUAAGGGCCGCUAUCAAACAGCACGUUGGCCCCUCUAAGCAGGUGUUCCUCGAAGUUGGUCCCCAUGCAGCUUUGGCCGGGCCAAUGCGCCAGAUUCUAAACCACAGCUCCAGCAGCGCAGCAUACAUUUCAUCUUUGACCCGAGGAACUGACUGCGCUGAAAGUUGGCUGUCGGCUCUCGGCCAACUUUUUGUUCAGCAUGUACCCUUCAAUCUUCAGGCUUUGAUGCCCUCUGGAAAACCCCUCUCAGAUCUGCCCUCCUACCCGUGGGAUCAUCAUCGCACUCAUUGGAGCGAGUCACGCGUCGCCCAUGAGUGGCGCAUGCGCAAAUACCCAUACCAUGACCUGUUAGGCGCAAAGGUCCUUGAAACCACAGAUCUUGAGCCUGUAUGGCGAAAUUUGCUGCACAUUGAGAAUGCUCCAUGGAUACGUGACCACAGAAUCAACACGGAUAUUAUAUUACGUUUCGCGGGAUACAUAGCCAUGGCGGCUGAAGCUAUCCGUCAAAUCACGGUGAUCGAAGAAGCCGUGGAGUUUGGAAAUAUUACUGUACGCACCACCUUAGUCCUCAACGAGAGCUCAACAAAAGAGAUCGUGACAACUUUCCGUCGCCUCCGUCUAACAGAUUCGCUGGACAGCGAAUGGUGGGAGUUCACUAUCUCAUCACAUAAUGGACAGACGUGGGUACAACACUCCUCCGGCGAAAUUCGGGCUUGGAACGAAAUAGUCGCCAUGAGAGAUUGGGCUGGCGAGCGGGAGAACUUGCCGCGCAAAGCUUCCAGCAAGCGUUGGUACGAUACCAUGCGCAACGAGGGCCUUGACUAUGGCUACCAUUUCGAAAGUCUUGAAGAUAUCACAACGACAACAACCGGCGCACGAAUGGCUCGUGCACGAGUCCACAACAAUUGGCAUGGAGACGAGCAAUUCUACCACCUUCAUCCUGUCAUCCUAGAUUCCUAUUUUCAACUCCUUAGUAUAGCCGCUCGUUACGGACUUACGUAUGACUACCAUCAAGUCGUUCCUGCAAGUGUGGGCUCGUUGAUUCUCCGCCGCUGCUCUGUCAACAACCUUUUGGUGUCAGCGACAGCUGUGCCGACCGGUAGCGCGGUUUGUGGAACAGGCACGGUUUCAGCUAGUGGUGAGACCAUCAUCGAGCUCUCGAAAGUUCGUCUGACAUCUUUUACAAAUGGUGUCAAGGAGGAACACGCGCCUAUCACCGCCCGAAGUGAGUGGGUGCCACAUUUUGAGACCGCAGCUCUCGGUACUCUUGUGAAGCCGACGCGAAUAGACGAAGAUCACGCGGCAAGGUUGGAUGAGCUUGUCAGUUACUCAAUUGAUGCAUCUCGAAGAUCGACGACCGGUCUAGAUGUCAUUCCAGAACUUCGACGAUACAAGACAUGGCUCGACGAGGUCCCUUGUUAUUCAGAAGAACUGUGUGAUGCUACAUUGAACACUCGCAUUGAAGCCCUCGCAAGAUCACUGGGGUCAACACCCGUUGCGCACAUUGCCAAAGCGAUCACCCUAGUCACAGACGAUGCACCUGCUAUCCUUUCUGGUCGUAAAAAGGCCUUUGAAUUGGGCGCAGGCGUUGGCUCGGCCACAGCUGGCAUUGUUGAGACACUGACACGGCCUGACGGUCAGGUGCUUUUCUCGCAGUACGCUUUCUCCGAUCCAGCUCCAGGCAUGGUUGAAGUCCUCAAGGCGCGUUUCCAAGGCUUCCCCAAUAUGAGUUUUCACGGCUUCGAUGAGAGGAAAUUUGAUCUUAUCAUUGCGGCAGGAGUGCUGCACAGUACUCCUAAGCUUUCAGAGUCCCUCAUACAAGCUCGUCAGCUUCUCACCCUAUCAGGACGGCUUCUGCUGCAGUCCUUACGGCCCGGUCUCUCGUGGUCCAAGUAUGUCCUUGGGCUUCUUCCCAGCUGGGAUAAUGGGGUCGAUGACGGCCGAUCUACCGAGCCGUACGUCAAUAUGGAAACCUGGCAAACAAAGUUAGCCACAGCAGGCUUCGAGAUCACUGGCGAGCUUGGUCUCAAUUCCGACGGGCCAAGACACAUCUGUCAUGUUAUUGUAGGGAGAUCCCGACGUGACCACCUCCCGGCGAGGAAAGCCACUGUUCUUUCCGAAUCGUCAACUGUUUCCUCCGAAUCCCAUCCCGUUAUUGACGAAUUACUCUCACGAGGGUAUGAGAUUUCUUAUUGCAGCCUUGCAGAUAUUCCCCCACCGGGGCAAGACAUAAUCGCCUUCCUUGACGGGCAGACAUCUCAAUGUGCAGACCCACACUUCGCGCAAAUACACGGUCUGGCUCGGUGUAUCCGCUCCGAGCUGAGCAUUGCUUUUGCGACUUGUGAGGCAGAUGACAUGGAGAGCCCACGAGGGUGUCAAACUGUUGCCAGCGUAUUUCAAAGUCUCUCCGAAAGAGUUAACGAUGGAGAGAUUGAGCCCGAUUUCGAAUACAUUAUUGAGAAUGGGGUGACGCGAGUGCAUCGAUUCUUCCCCGUCUCCUCCACAAGCCGCGGGGAGGCUGGUCAGGUGACCAGUGAGGCGCGGCUGACGAUUAGUCAGCCGGGGCGGCUUGACACGCUGCAUUGGGAAGGUGCGACUGUGGCCGGGGAAGCACUCCAGGACGAUGAGGUUCACGUCGAGAUCCACGCCGCCGGCCUCAACUUCCGCGAUGUUCUGGUGGCGAUGGGUAUCCUCGACGUCACCCCGCCUACCUUUGGCUACGAGGGCACGGGGAUUGUGCGUCGCGUUGGCCCGAAGGCAGGAAAGCUCAGCAUUGGGGACAGAGUAGCCCUCGUAGGAUUUGAUGUCUUUGCGUCGACUGUCACGACCACCGAGAAGCUUUGCGAAAGGCUCCCUGAUGAGCUCGACUUCAUCAACGGAGCUUCCAUGCCGCUGGUCUUUGCUACGACCAUUUACUCGCUCAUCAACGUCGGGUUACUUCGGCGAGGCCAGUCUGUUCUCAUCCAUAGCGGAUGUGGUGGCGUGGGCCUAGCUGCAAUCCAAGUAGCUCGGAUGAUUGGCGCCGAAAUUUUCACAACGGUCAGCUGUGGGAGAAAGAUUGGCUUCCUUGUACAGGAAUUUGGCAUCUCGAGACAUCACAUAUUCAACUCGCGGAGGGUGAGCUUCCAAGAAGAUCUGCUAAGACAAACUAACGGUAGAGGUAUUGAUCUGGCGCUCAACUCACUCUCGGGUGAGUUGCUUCAUGCAACUUGGCGCUGCGUUGCGAAAUGGGGGACUUUGGUAGAGAUUGGCAAGCGUGAUCUUCUCGGCCGAGGCAAGCUUGAUAUGGAAUUGUUCCUUGCCAAUCGUAGCUACCGUUGUGUAGACAUUGACCAGAUGUGCAAGGAGCGACCCGAGAUGAUCAGCCCACUACUCCGUUCCAUGAUGGACUUCUUCCGCGGUGGCUAUAUUCGAGCCAUCCCGAUCGAAAAGGUUUUCCCUUGCUCCGAAAUCCAAGAAUCGUUGCAGCACAUGCAGCAGGGCAGCCACAUUGGGAAAAUUGUGCUUCAAUUCCGCGACCCGGCAUCGGCGGAACUUCAGCUUGGACAGAUUCAGGCUGUCAAAAUGUCUUCUACGGCCGUGCUUGACAGCUCGGCUUCAUAUCUGCUCGUGGGUGGAACUGGAGGCUUGGGGCGGUCUGUAGCGGUGUGGAUGGUCCAACACGGAGCGAGGCACCUCACCUCUCUCUCGCGCAGCGCUGGGACAACCGACAGACACAAGCUCUUCGUGACUGAGAUCCAGAGCAUGGGCUGUGAAGUGCAUCUCGUACGCGGAAGUGUCACUAACGCGGCAGACGUAGCGCGGGCAGUUGCAGAGUCCCCUCGGCCCCUCAAAGGGGUAUGCCAGAUGACAAUGGUGCUUCAUGACCAAGCCUGGCAGAAGAUGGCCAUCGACGACUGGAACGAAACGACGGCGCCCAAGGUGAAAGGAACAUGGAACCUACAUAACGAGAUGCAGUUGCAGAACCUCGACUUUUUCAUCUUAUUUAGCUCACUCUCCGGAAUCGUGGGUCAGCAUGGACAGGCUGGUUAUGCCAGUGCAAACACUUUCCUCGACGCAUUUGUGAAGUUCCGGACAAGCAAGGGGCUCCCUUGUACAUCGGGCUACCUGGUCGAGCAAAAUGAACUGCUAAACAAGAUGAAAGGGGCAGGGUGGCGGCCUGUGCAGGAAUCAGAGUUACUGGAGGUGUUGGGGACCGCAAUGCUCUCGGCAACAACUAAGGUCACAGAGGAUGAACCGCCAAAGCCGAGCCUCGUCGACCCAAACACUACUCUCGUGGGCAUUGCACCAGUAAUCCCCCUCAGCAGUCCUGACAGCAGCGCCAGGUUACGCAAAGACGUUCGUAUGUCGGUCUUUCGCAACAUUCGCAGCCAAGGCAAUGCGACUUCCUCCAGCGACGGUUUGCGACAAUUCCUGAGCGCAGCCAAGGCCAGCCCAGAAAUGCUUAACACACCCCAGUCAGUUGCCUUGUUAGCGCAGGAGAUUGGCAAGAAGCUCCUGGGCUUGGUGUUGCGGUCUCCGGAUGAUAAGAUUGAUGUAUCUCUGCCGCUUGCGCAACUCGGCCUGGACUCGAUGGUGGCGGUAGAGAUGCAGGCCUGGUGGAAGCAGAUGUUUGGGCUAGAUAUCAGUGUGCUAGAAAUGCUGAGCAUGGGAACGCUCAAAAAGCUAGGCAAGCAGGCUGCUGAUGGUUUGCUGGGGCUGUGGGAGCACUAG